AGCUUUUGUCAGUAGAGCCUACUGAAGAUGCACGGUUCUCAUCUCUCUGGCCUGUAUUUGAAUGUUCAAUGGGUUCAACUUUGCAAAAUCAUUAAUCUCAAAUUGUUUGGACUCCAUGCCUUCAAUGAAAGGUGAAACACUCAACAACAGUCACAUAUUUCUAUGAGGUGAGCAAAGCUAUCACUUCUCUUUACCUGCUGGCGAUGCUCUUGCUAAUUAACAUAGUCCCUCUGGAGUUUGCCUUUAUUGCUGUUGAGGUGUGCUGCCUGAAGUUCAGCACAACUCCCAGAUCCUCUUCUGCAGAGUUCCCCAGUCUGUGUGCUGCAUGGAGCUGUUCAUCCCUGGUGCAGGGAACAUUAUGAGACCAAUUCCUUCCAUGUUUGGGAGAGAUAUCUCCCCUUCUGCAGCUAUUUCCCCUAGUCUGAUGGCCUCAGUGAGCUUUAAGUUGCAUUUGGUACAAUUGCCAAGGUGCCUCGUGACUAGUGAAAAAAAAAAACAGCUGCACUUAGUUACAAAGAAUGUUUAUUUUUGAAUAAAGAGCCAAACUUACAAGUGUAGUAACCUGUCUUUUGCAAGAAAAAAAGUAUAUAAAAUUUCAGAAAGUUCAAUACAAUUUCUGGCAAGCAUUUUCUCCUGCUCUUCUGUAGAAUAUUUUGUUUCAUAUAUAUGGUAAAAUGACAGGUUCUGUCAAAGGUCACAGCAAUUCCCUGUUCUGACUUUGAUGAAGGAAUCCAGGUACCCUAAAACAAUGUGGUUAAUUUUCUCUGAGAUCCUUGGUGGGUAAUUUGCUUAACAGAAGCCUUAGCAGUCUAAAGUAAUACAGAGAGGAUUUUGUUAGUGUAUGCACCACACUGUCCCAUGUGACUACUGAAAGUUAGCUCAUGUUACAGAAUUACCUCUUUUUUUUCCCCUGGGAAGAAUUUUCCAGGCUCCUCUUGUACACCUAUUUAAAAGUCUCUUCAAAAGCAAAGCAAACAAAAUGUCUCUCAUAAAGCUACUGCCAACCUGCCUCUGUUGUUAAAUACUUCCUGCAUCUGCCUGAAAACAGUGACAGGAGCUGUAAGGAUGAACCAAAUAAGCAGCUGGGAUACCACUGCUCAGCAAGAGAGACUCUGUGACUGUGCUGACCUCUACACGACACGGUAACUCUGCAUCCAGUGGAAGUUCAAAACAAUGCGUGCCUGUCCAGCUACACCCAUAUUUGUUUCCUGCUGUCAUACUUCAAGGAAAUCUGCUGCGUGAACAGUGACAACAGUAGUGUCUGAAAACAGCCCAGUUAUCAGCGUUAAUGCCUGUCCUCUCUCUGUGUGAGUCAUACGAGCAAAACUGUGUGUAACAAAAUAGUUGCUAAGCAGUCAGCCAAGAGGUGUUUGAGGGUGGCUGUUCACUACAAUUUGGCUUUUUAUUCACCUACACUAAUGUUUUGGCAAGCAAAUCAAAUGGUUUGAUAGCCUUGCUGUGGUGGGGAUGUAUUACAAACUCAGUCCUGUGAUGCUGACUUUUUACAAGAAAAGGAAAUCCGAAGACUUUUAUAGCAAAUCCACCAGUGUCAAAAUGAACACAGAUAGCGGCGGGUGUGCUCGCAAACGUGCUGCAAUGUCUGUCACAUUAACAGCUGUGAAGAGGGUUCAGAGCUCUCCAAACCUACUGGCUUCAGGAUCUGAUUCUCAGUCUCCAGAUUCAGCUUGGAGAUCUUACAAUGAUGGAAGCAGAGAGACGCUGAAUGGAGACAUUAGCAGUUCAUCUCUUACAGCAAAAGGUUUUAGAAGUGUGCGGCCAAACCUACAGGACAAAAAAUCACCAACUCAGGCACCUCUGCCACCCCCUAGAAAAGAAAGCUUUCGGAAAGCAAGAGUAACUAAUCACAAGAAUGGAAUUAAUCUCCAGACAGUAACAACUGAGCCAGAUAAACACCUUCCUACAGAUACUGGCUAUUACACUAAUGAGAAGUCUGCCCAGAAGAUAAUGUCUUCUCAGAUAUCUAACACAAAUGUGUCCUAUGUACAAACAAUCACUAGACCACUGACCACUAUCUCCAGUGUAGGCACAAGCACAGUAGCUGGUAUUAGUGCUACUCUCCAUCAAGGCCAAAUGCAGAAGUCUCAAAAGCGGAGAGUAUCUACCCUUAAAUUAACCCGGACACAAGAAUCGGCAAGUAGUGUUCACUGUAACAUACAGCAACAGCCCAAGCCUGUUGAAGUGCCUAUAUUUUCACAAAGGCCUGUCUCACCUGCCUGUAACCCCAUGGCUGAGAUGCACACAGCAUCUCUUUCCAUUCAGAUAGCUCCCAUCCCUGACAAUAAUGCAGAGCCUGAAACCCAAGAGCAUCCACCUAGUAUUUCUCCAGACACUUCAAAGAUGUCUUCAAAGGAUGUGGGACAAAAGUCUACAGUUCUUCCUUCUUCACAGGCUGCAGAAUGCCAUGUGCUUGGAAACCAGAAAGUAACUGCCCCCGUGAUGGAGGUAAAUGCUUCACAGACACACAGACAAACAGCAACAGAAGCUUCUCCACUGCCUCUUCCUCCUCCUGUGGUACCAGUUAACAGAGCCUCUUUCUCACCAGACAGUGGCACCCAUCUAGUACCAUAUUCUUUGCCAACGCUUGAUGAUUUUUCACGCUUUUAUAAAACCCCAGCCCUUUCACAAUUUUCAUAUAAAUGCCCAUUCCUAGCUUCUGAAAAUACUAUCCACAAGAACGAAACAGCCUCUGUAAGCACAGAUUCUGCCAUGAGUGAGUGUUCCUCCCGCACAAUGAGUGAGUCCUCCACAGCCAUUCUAGAUGAGCUGCAGAGUUGUAGCUAUGAUACUACUGACUGCUCUGAAACACCUUCCCCAACCUUGAGCCAGAUGUCUGCUGUGUCAGAUGGCACCACCUUAACCAACACUGCUGCCACUUCCAAUGCUCAGAUCACAGUGAAUGGGAACUCUGGCACUGCUGCCAGCCCAGUGAGUCACUUUCAAAGGCCUUUUUCCCCUUCUUCAGCUUACUCUCCACCAGCUUCUCUCAAUUCCAACCUUGUUAUCAUGCAGCAUGGCAGGAUGAUGGAGUCCACAGAGACAUACUCGCAACAUGUUCAGACCGUUGGCAGCAGCACCACCACCAGUACAAUACCAAUCUGUAAAUCCUUAGAGGAAGAAAAAAAAAUUACAGUCAUUAAAGCUCCACAUUAUGCAGGGAUUGGCCCAGUGGAUGAAUCUGGAAUCCCUACAGCAAUUAGAACGACAGUUGACAGGCCAAAGGAUUGGUACAAGACAAUGUUCAAGCAAAUCCAUAUGGUACAUAAGCCUGAUGACGACACAGACAUGUAUAAUACUGCAUAUUCAUACAGUACUGGUGGCUACAGUCCAUCCUUCUCUGCUCAGGCACACCCAGCUGCAAAGACACAGACAUACAGACCAUUGUCUAAAAGUGCUUCUGACAGCGGCUCCGAUGCCUUUAAGGUCUCAUCUCCUUUACCACCCCCACAUGUGCCACCCCCAGUACCACCACAUCGUCUGCGGGAAAGGUCUAUACCAGAAAAAAAUGACUGGGAUCCCCCUGACAGAAAAGUAGAUACUCGCAAGUUCCGCUCAGAACCAAGAAGCAUUUUUGAGUAUGAGCCAGGAAAGUCAUCAAUCCUUGAACACGAAAGGCCGCCUGAUCGCAUAAACCCAGAUGACAUAGAUUUAGAAAACGAGCCCUGGUAUAAGUUCUUUUCAGAACUGGAGUUUGGACGUCCGGCUUCCUUAUAUCAUCACUCUUCAACAGACAGAGGCCUGGACAGGCCUUCCAGUUCUGCAAGUACUGCAAGUGACUACAGGAAAAGGAGGAAGUCAGAACCUGCUGUAAGUCAUCAGAGAGCACACAGUGAUCAGAAUGCAAACAGGCCCAGCCCGGGCCGUACAGAUAUGCAAGGCCCCUACACCACCCUUAGAAAGCCUUUAACUAGCUCGUCUCCUUCUUCUCCAUCACGAGCAAAAGGUGGGGAUAUUAGCAAAGUAUAUCCAUCCCUCCUCAGUUAUUCAGUGCACAACCACAACACCUCAAAUGAAUUAGAUUACUGUAGCACUUACAGACAACAUUUAGCUGUUCCUAAUGAUUCAAGAAGGGCAAUCAGCUACAAGAAUGGCUGGCAAAUGACUCGACAAAAUGCAGAAGUCUGGAGCAGCACAGAAGAAACAACUUCUCCAAAGAGAAAAUCUCGUAGCUGUGAUGAUCUUUUAACAGAUGAUCGGGAUAGCUUUCCCGAUGCACAGGCCAAGUCUGAAAGCAUGGGCUCUCUUCUAUGUGAGGAGGACGCCAAAGAGGUUUGCUCAAUGAAUUGGGCAUCCCCAUAUGCCCCUGAGGGCCGUGGUGGUGGUAGAGCAAGAGUUCGUCACAGAUCUGCACAUGAUGCCCCAGGUUUCCUUAAAAUGUACAAAAAGAUGCAUCGCAUCAAUCGCAAGGACUUGAUGAACUCUGAGGUGAUCUGUUCUGUGAAGUCCAGAAUACUGCAGUAUGAAAAAGAACAGAAUAAAGGUAUUCUUCAGGGCUGGAGAGAGUCUUCUACUGAAGAGGUGCCCAGAGACAUGGUGCCAACCAGAAUAUCAGAAUUUGAAAAACUAAUUCAGAAGUCAAAAUCAAUGCCAAAUCUAGGUGAUGAAAUGUUGUCAAACAUUACACUAGAGCCUCCUAAGAAUGGUUUAUGUUCACAGCGGCGAUUUUCUAUCGAGUCCCUGCUGGAGGAAGAAAAUGAAGUCAGACAUCCCUCUCAGGUACAACGGAGCUACAAAUCUAAAACCCUGGUGCCAAUUCAUAUUGAAGUGACCAGUGAUGAGCCACAACGGUCACAUAUGGAUUUCUCAGACAGUGAUCAAGAUGGAGUGGUUUCUGACCUCAGUGACUUUAUCCAGAUAGAGGGGUCAUCCUUUUGUAGUGAAAGUGACUUUGAUCACUAUUCCUUCACAUCAUCUGAAAGCUUUUAUGGAUCGGGCCAUCACCACCACCACCAUCACCACCACCACAGGCAUCUCAUCAGCUCCUGCAAAGGGAGAUGCCCAGCGUCCUACACCCGCUUCACCACCAUGUUGAAACAUGAAAGGGCUAAACAAGAACCUGCUGAAGAUCCAAGGAGGCAGGAGGCAGAAUCUGGCCUCUCCAAGAUAGCAUUCCUAGUCAGCCCAGUGCCUUUCCGAAGGAAAAAAAGUGCAGCCCCUAAAAAACAAACUGAAAAGACAAAACGCAAGUCAUCUGUCUUUGAAGCACUAGAUUCUGCACUUAAAGACAUCUGUGACCAAAUUAAAGCUGAAAAAAGAAGGGGAAGCUUGCCUGACAACAGUAUAUUACACAGACUUAUUACUGAGCUGCUUCCAGACAUUCCAGAAAGGAAUUCAUCCCUUACAGCUCUGAAAAAGAGUCCCAUGCACCAGCCUUUUCAUCCACUGCCUCAAGAUGGUGCUACUCAUUGCCCACUUUACCAGAAUGAUUGUGGAAGAUUACCUCUUAGUGCCUCUCUUCAAGACAUGGACACAACUAACAACAAUAACCAAGAAAAUGAUAGUGCACUGUGUUUCCAAGUAGACCAGGAAACUCCUGGAAACUAUUCUGCUUUCACUGAUGUGGGACGAUGUACUCCAAGGGACAGAAGAGGAACUCCAGAUAAAGAGAAACUGCCAGCUAAAGCUGUAUAUGACUUUAAAGCUCAAACUUCUAAAGAGCUGUCCUUUAAGAAAGGAGAUACUGUCUAUAUCCUCAGGAAAAUUGAUCAAAACUGGUAUGAAGGUGAGCACCAUGGAAGAGUUGGAAUUUUCCCAAUUUCUUAUGUUGAGAAGCUUUCUCCUCCAGAAAAAGCACAGCCUGCCAGGCCGCCUCCUCCUGCACAGAUUGGAGAGAUUGGAGAAGCUAUUGCCAAAUAUAAUUUCAGUGCAGACACAAACGUGGAGUUAUCACUUAGAAAGGGAGACAGAGUUGUUCUUCUUAAGCGAGUUGAUCAAAACUGGUAUGAAGGUAAAAUACCAGGAACCAACAGACAAGGCAUCUUCCCUGUUUCCUAUGUAGAAGUUAUCAAAAAGAAUGCAUCAAAAAGUGCUGAUGACUACCCUGAUCCUCCUAUACCCCAAAGCUAUUCUAGUGACAGAAUACACAAUUUAAGUUCAACUAAGGCUAAUUUAAAGAGAGAGAUAUUUGUUAUGGGUAAACCUCCUCGUAGCCCUGUGAUGACUAAGAGGUCCUGCAGCUCCCCUGUCAGAGGUCACAGCUAUUCACACAGGCCACAGCGCCCUGUGCUUGCUCAUGAAAACAUACACAGUGGGGGGGAACCGUUUCAGGCUCUAUAUAACUAUACUCCUAGGAACGAAGAUGAAUUGGAGCUGAGAGAGGGAGAUGUCAUUGAUGUGAUGGAAAAAUGUGAUGAUGGAUGGUUUGUGGGAACUUCAAGAAGAACCAAAUUCUUUGGUACUUUCCCUGGAAACUAUGUCAAGAGGCUGUGAAUUUUUUUCAUUCUUAUUUAUGCUGCAUCUCUGCAACAUAUCUGCAUAAAGCUGCUAGAAAACAUGCUACGCUGGCCUUCUGUUUUCUUGCUUGCAGUCUCAAAUAGAGGCCAUCCAGUUCAUCCUCAUCCCAUCCCAUCUGCCAAACCGUUCCAGCAGUAUUACAGCAACGACUACCGUGAGAAUAACUAAGCUUUCUGAAACAAGAGGAAUUCUCCCUACGUAUAAGUACUCCCUGCUUUUAACUCUUUUUAUUUGAAACGCAAUAGGAAAAGCCAGAUGAGAGGUACCCAGAAGAAUUGCUACAGUAGGGGGGGGGAGGUGCAAGGAGAGGGAGAAGCUUCCUGUUUGUGACAUUUGUGGUACUACCAUGAAAUGCGAUGGGAAAACAUGAUUUUUCAGCAUGCAUGUUCAACAGAGGGAAAGUUGCUGCUUACUAUUUAAGAAGAAAAAAAGAAAAAAGAAAAAAAAAAAGGUGUUUUGAGUUUCCACAUUCUUAUUAGCGUGGCAGCAUUUGUUGCUUUCACUUUGCUGUAUCACAGGUUUGCCUAUUGUACUGGUUUACAAUGACAAAUUAUAAUAUAGGUUUUUUGCCUGCACUUGUAUGUUGUAACUUAUGCACAGUGACUGUAAAAUCUCAAGCAAGCGUAGUGAAAAAUGGAAGAACUGCAAGUGUUCUGAUGGUGCAAUGGUAUUUGCUAACCCCUUUUUCCCCCCUAUUAAAGCUACAGCAUUUUCUGUUCAAAGGUAAGAAGUGCAAGAGGUAUAAAACCUUGGGAAACAGGAUUUAAAGAAGAGACAGACAUUGACAUAAGCAUAGACAAUAACAACCUGCUGAUCAUAUGACAUUAAAUGGUUGUAAUCAAAAUGUUGUAAUAGUCAGCAGCAUGAAAUCUGAGAGGUUAGUGUUUUUAUGUACCACAGGCAUUUUAAGAAGCAGCAAGUAAACAGUGUUAGUGCAAAGGACUUUUUUCCUCUAACAUAGCCACCUGAAAAACAUUCACAAGUAUCAUGUACUGAUUUAUUUCACUAUGUAUACAUACAUAUACACACACACACAUAUAUGUAUGUUAACGAAACCUGAGUUACACACUCUUUUUUUAGGAAUUUAGUACAUUAAAAAAAAAUCACAAGUAUUAAAAUCAAUACAUUUUAGAGGGUUUGGGGGUUUUUUUUCCUGAAUGAAUCAAGUAUUUGAAAACAGACAUUCUCCAUAUGCAACUGUAAGCAUAAAUAGCAUACGAAAUUAAGGCACAGGAUGAUCAUGACUACAACUUUAUGAAAAAAAAAAAUUGAUUUUUUUUUUUUCCAAGUCAGAUUUGUUUUCUUUGGCACCUUAUAGAUGGCAAAAGCUUCUACUGCAUUUCUCAUGGGUAAAGGACUGAAAUUAUCAACAUGUAUUUAGUCUCUGUAGCAUUUUGUACAUAUGUUUGCUUUUUUGUACAGAGCCAUUUGGUUGUCGAUUUAAAAAAAAAUUAAGUUUCUUAUUUGAUCUUCGCCCUCUUUACAUACAGAACAUUUCAAUGCAUUUUGCUUUACUUGCUCUAUUUACCAUAAGCACAUCUGAAUAGUGCAAUUCUGUAAGAUAGCAUUUUAUGCAAAAUUUUAUUAAUUAAAAUAUGGGUUACCAGCCAAAUCUAAAUGUACAUAUGUCUUUAUUACUGAGAAAUGUCAUUAAGACAAAGGUAAAGAAACAUCUUUGUGCAGCAUACCUUUAUUAUUGCAGAUUUAAUGGCAAAAGCUUUAUAUUUCAAAGGCUUUCAAUUUUAAACUAGAUCUGCAUGCAGCUUUGCUGUGAGAUUAAUUCCUAUCUUUGAUGCCAUUUAUGAUUGAAGACUUAAAUAUCUGUUGCCUGUGAUAUUUAAAAAGUACUGUUUCUACUCUGUACCUGAUUUUAGAAAAAUACAGGUUUUUCAUACCUGGCUUUCAGGUAACUGACUUUGAAUUCCUACAAGCAAAAGGUCUCUGUGGUUUUUUUCUUGAAUAGACUUCUAAUAAAUUUUGCUUGGAGUACA